UCUCCACUUGAAAGAUCAGUCAUCAUGCUUCCUCUCUGGAUCUUCAGCGCACUUCUCCUGAGCUUGGUUCUUGGGAAUCCUCUCUAUAAUAACACACAGAACAGAACACGCUUGGAUAACAACAGCAGCUUUAAUUCGUCCAGCGCUCCCUUACAGGAUAGGAACCUCAAUGUUCUAUUCCAUCCUCUAAGUGGCUGUAUGCUUUCCACAUGCCAUAUGCAUGAACUGGAUAGUCGCCUGCAGCAAGGCAAUGAAAACGCUGGCGAUCAAACUCAUGACCCCUACGGUCCCGGCAAGAAAUGAGAGUCUGAAGCGAGGAUCCUGAGAAAUCACCCGCAACACUGAUGUCCUCGUUCCUAAAAUAAAGCUCUAAUCAUGAAACUUUGCAUAUGAUAUAAAGCAUAAUUAGUUCCUCAGUCAAUGAUGUCAUCAGUCAAUGAUGUUAUUCUUUAUUUAAUUGUUGUAUAUAAUAUUGAUGAUUUCUUUUUUUUUUGGUUCUUAAACAAGACUGUGAAAGAUGCAAUGUAAUGCAAACAAAAGCUCUGUUUUUAGAGUAACACAAGCCAAUAGAUAAAAUACAGAAUCGGAAGUGGUGAAAUGUUACUGCGUCUGAGUGAAUGUAUGUCUGGAUUUGUAGCCAAUCAGUUUUUAAGUCGUCUUUAGGAAUCUUCUGUCCUGGAUGAUAUCAAACUGGAAGAAUGUACAGUAUCUCCAGCUGUAUUUUGUAUAUGCAGUGAUUUUGCUUCUGUUAUUCUCUAUUUAAAUAAAGUAUUUAUGUGGUGAUUA